GAGAGAGCGUCAGCACUCCAUGUGUUAAAAGGGCAGAUGGUAACGGCAGGGUAACUGAGGAGCAAACCACUCCGCUGGCCACGGAGCAAGAGAUCAGCGGAGACAGGGAGGCGGAGGGAGGGAGGAGAGCGAGAAGACAAGCAGCGCAGCGGAGGAGAGGAGAGGAGCAUCUGAGAAGAAGCUGCACGCCUGACAGGGCGGAGAGAACUGAGGACUUCUGCAGCUCUGAGAUGAGGGGCAAAAGUAGCCCUCCUUGGCCACUUAGAGAGGAACAGAGACAAAGAGCGAGGAGAAACAGCAGGGGAUGCGAGGAGGAGCAGGAGGAGGAUGGGAGAUAGUUAGAGCAACUGCAAGACUGAUCACUUCCACCAAGAAAUUCAGACUCAGUGACAAGAAGAGAUUGAUGAAUAAGGCAUGGGCAAAAAGACUUAAAGAGAAAUAUUUAACUGCAGACAGGGGCGUCUAGCUAAUUCAGAGAAUAAGGGAAAAAGAAAGACUUUCAGAAAGGCAAGGAGGAACAGAGAGUGAAAUAUUUACGAGGAUCCAGGCAGGGAAGGAAAGCUGGAGCCGAGAGAAACUUCCCAAAAACUUGGAGAAGAGAGAGAAUAAAUGAGUGCAGCCGAGAGAAGCUGAGCUCCUCCUCCUCUUCUCCAUCCCUGAUAAAAGCCAACAAGCAGCAGAAGCAAGGAGCAGAAGGAGGAGAGAGAAGUUUGGAGGAAGGAAGAGAUUUAACUACAUGAAAGUCCGCUUUAUCCAAUGGCGUGCUACUACAUCGUGAUCAGUUCCACCCACCUGCGUGAUGGACAGCUGAGGAGCAUCAAGGGGGUGUUCAGAGGACCAAUAGGAGCCAGCAGCCAAAGGAGCACGGAGGAGGGAGACUCCAGAUUCUACUGUGAGCUGUGCAACAAGCAGUAUGUGAGACAGCAGCAGUACGAGAACCAUAUCAACUCCUAUGACCACAAUCACAAGCAGCGGCUGAAGGAGCUGAAGCAGAGGGAGUUUUAUAGAGCGCUGGCCUGCAGGAGGCAGAGGAGGCGCAGGGAGGAGAAGAGAGAGGAGAGAGCACUGAGGAGAGUCCAUCAGCGUGACGUGAGGAGGACUGGGGAGUGUGCUCCAGGUUCUGGUCCCAUGUUCCGCUCCACCACUGUUGCAAUUGACCCAGCAAAUCCGUCACAAGCCAACGUUAAGCGGAACUGGGAAGAUUUCUAUCCGAGCGGUGCCGAGCAAGCAGCAAAACCUCAGACUUCACUGAUGCAACCCUUUCUCCCUCUGGACCCUGCACUCCAGACCAGACUCCUGAGCGACACUCAGUGGGCGUAUGGCCAAACAGAUUUAAACAAUACUACGGGUUCUGCCGACAGACCCUGCAUUCUUAAAAAAACCCAUCUGGACCUUCGAGCCACCAUAGACCCCAAUGACACAAACUGCACUGUUGCAAAUCAACUUUACAACCGUUUACAGUCUCAUUGUUACGUCACGACUCCAACAACUGCCAGUACCUCAAACACCUCCAACGACGCUACAACGGACGCAACAAACGGAGUUGGCAAGAUGAGCAGACUUCGCCCUGUGUCCUUCACUCUGCCUAAGCGAACGUGUGUCCUCCUGCACCAAUCCGCUGCCGUCUUUGUCCAAGCAGGAAAGAGUUCAAGUUUGUCUGGGAAACAGCAGGGUGUGGCAAAUCAGGAAAGAGCAAAACAUCAAGGAGAGAAAACUGCUGAUCAGGGGCUGAAGUCUCCAGUGUCUUCAGAAGUGGAAGCCUUGGACACUAGAAACCGGUGCGGUGUGGACAGUCAGAUUGAAUUUCAAGCUGCUGAGUCUGCAGACAAAGGACUGUUGGAACAGCCUGGGAAUAAAGCCUGGAUCUCCUCAUGCAAUAGCAAUGUGAUUGGAGUGGAGAACUCAACCAUUAGUGGGAGUGCAGCCCAGCACUCCUUAUGUAUAGACAAUGAGACUGAGGCCGAAUGUGUGGCCGUAGCUCAUUUUUCUUCUAACUGUGACAAACCGGAGCAGACUUCUGACAGCAUUAGCCCUGAAUUAGCCAUUGAGUUCAACAAUCAGGAGGUAACACCUGAAGAAGAGAAAAAUCUGCUUUGCCCAGCACCGAAUGACUCUGAAGAGUCUCCAACGUCUCCAACACAACCCGGAAAAUCAAGCAUCCUCUCAUUAACCUGCAACAAAGCAGCAUCACCUGUCCAUCCAAAUCGUCCUAAGGAGCCUUUCUGUCAGGUACUGAGCCGUGAUGGAGGCAGGGUUCUUCUCUGGCCCACAGAGAUGGUAAACUACACCAAGACAUCCCCCUCCAUAUCUUACAGCAUCAACCCUCUACUCUACGACUUCAGAGCCCAUCACAAGGCCAAAAACGGGGGCACAGAAAAGAAAGGAGGGCUAGAGGAAGGGAAGGAGGGAAUAAAGCCAUCUGUGAUCAAACAGCUCCACUGCCAAGAGAGGCACGGAGAUUCAGAGGGAGGAAGAGGAGCGAAGAUAGAUGAAAGGGAAGAAGAAGCAGAAGGAGGACAGGCAGGAAAUCCUGUGGACGUUGACAACCGUUGCGAUAGCUGCGACGCAAUCGAUGGAUGCUUCGGCUGCAGUCAUGAAAAGGCUUUAAAAUUUACUCCCGUUUCAGCAGAAUGCCACUAUUCUUCAGUGCAGGGCCUUCAAAAAGCAAUGAGGAAAAGGAGAAGAAGGAGGGCAGGGACGGGCAGGGGGAUGAGGAGGAGGGGGAGAAAGAGAAGAAAAGGAGAUUCAAGUGAGAAAGCAAAGAUAAUGAGUGCCCUCUCUGCAAGUCAGAUGUUUCAGGAGAGAGAAGAAGAGACCCCGAGAAGAGAGGGCAGCGUAAGAGACGAGAGGAGAGAUAAAGCGCUAUUAAGUAAUCUUACUGCAAAUCGACCAGAGGAAGGGAGAGAAAAGAAGACAAGGAAAGAGGAGCUAAGGAUAAGAGGAGAUCAGGCAAUGCGAGACGGGGCAGGUAGAAAUGACGAGAAGAGGGGAGAGCUAUUAAGUAAUCUUCCCAUGAAUCGGUGUAAUCGGUGUAACCAGCUGUGUCUGCAGGUGAAGCGGGAGGCCAGCCACAUUCAAUCCCUCCAAUCAGACUCUGGAUGGGGCCUUGGACUCAGAAAGCUCCUCUGCAGGGGUGCAGCAUGCAACUCUGUGAUUAGCCCGGCCCCCAAGUCUGUUAUGGAGACAUCAUGCUGCCCUGCAAUUACACCUGAUGACAAAGAGAUGGAAGGGAUGCACAAAGACACACGGGGGGAGGAGGGGCAGGAGCACUGGAAUCUGAGGAGUGCUGAGAUAAGAAGCACGGAGAAUGGUGAGGAAAACACGUGUAAGCUAGCGAUUAGCAGUGUUACUUCUCCCUGUCGAGACUCAGCAUGUGAGCGCUACGUGCUUAAAUCGGGUAGAGAAACAACAGGAAAUCCGCAGAUUAGCCCCGUCCCCGAUUCCUCCAGAGAUGCAACACAAACAGUACCUGCAGGACAAAGCUCGCCCACGAUAGCUGAGAGCCCACGCUGCUCGGAAACGAUGCGGGAUGUCACAACGACUGGAAAGAGGAAGGGGGGAUCGCCGGGGCGAGUGGCGCCGAAGAAGAAACGAAGGAGAGGAAGGAGACAGUUGAGGAGAUUCAUGAACAUUCUAAUGAAAAGGCGACAAAGAGCUCAGGCCUCAGGGGCCUGCUGCGUUCAGGAGCUCAGAUCUACAGACCACCACUCGCUUCGUAGGUCGCAUCCAUCUCCAUGCCACAGCUCCAACACCGAUGAGGAAACACUGAGCUGUGGUUCUGAUGAUCCAACCAAGCAUGGCUGCCAUGAUGACGGUGGAGGCUGCAGUCACCUGAACUGUGAUCCCUUGAUACAUCCCCGCGACUGUCACGCCUGUAACCCACAAACACAGCAAAGUCAGGGAGCCAAGGGGUCUAUCGGAGACGAAGGAAACGAGCCUGAUGCCACAUUUGCUGAGGCGUGUCACUUAGAUACAGCUGAGCAGAAGUCUUCCUUUAAAAGAACAGAGCUAUCUGUGCAUGCACGUUUGACUGAUUCCCUCACAGGUAGUACUAACUACCAACGUCAACAGGAAAGCAAGCACACAAACGAAGAGAAAGACUCUACAAACGGAGAAAUCUGCAAAACCGAUGACACAUUUCACUGCAGCUGCAACUUUAAUGAUAAAAUUGACAGGAGAGAUCGCAGUGCGGAGGCUGAGACCAAAGCACAGCGUGACAUUCAGGAGAGAGGCCCUUCCUCUGAUCCAGAAAAUGAUUCUAGAAGCUGUGGGGAUGUUCAUCAGAGUGGAACUGACGGUGGUCAGCGCCGUGGUUUCAGCUGUAAUCCUGAUUGUAAUACUGCUAAUAAUACCAGAAAUGAAGCAGAACAUGUACUCAUGAGGGAGAGGCAGAGAAAGCAGCAGGAGGAGGAAGAGGAGGAGGAGAAGCUCUUGGAGAGGAGGAGAGAGGAGUGGGAGAAGGAGUGGGUAAGCAGGAAGGAGAAGGAGGAGAGGGAGAGGAGGAAAGGGAUGGAGUUUGAGCGUUUGUUUUCAGAGAAGAGGCCGUGUUUUCCUCAUCACCUCCCCCCGCACUGCGUCCCCCUCCGUGCUCCGCUCCUGCUCCAGCCGUCCCUUUCCUCCUCCUUCUCCUUCCAUCAAACCUUUAUCCAACACAACAUCUCCCUUCUGCCGCCUCCAUCACACCUUCCCCUCUCCUCAUUCCCCCACCUUUUCCCUUCCUUCUCCCCGCACCUCUCUCCAAUGGCUCCACCACCGCCCCCUCCUCCCCCUCCUAUAUCUUUCCCUCCAUCAUUUUACGCCUCCUCCCCAAUUCCCCUCCUGGAUGCUCCCUCUCCUUACCCCUUAGCAGCAGCAUUUCACCCCCUUCAAAGUCCCCAUCCUUCCCUGUACCCUCCUCCUCAUCCAGCAGUCCUGCCCUUACAGGUGUUGCUCUAG